AUGUAUGGUGCCGCACUCUUCCGUUUCCGCGAGAAAGACUUUAUGGAAUCGGUGCACUAUGGAGGUAUUUCCCCUGCAUGGCCGCUUCAGUACAAUGUGCUUGCGCCCUAUUACAGCGAAGCUGAGCAACUUUACCACGUGCACGGCAAACACGGUAUCGAUCCCACAGAACCCGCCACCCUUGAUAUAUACCCUCAUCCGCCGCUGGCAUACGAGCCAAUGGUAGCUGAUUUAGCAAUGAAAUUGCAGCAGAUAGGGUUACAGCCAUUCCCAUUACCCAUGGGCGUGCAACUACCCCAGGACUACAGUGCUAUAGAAACCCCGGUGGUCCUUGAAAACUUUGACGGUUUCCCUGAUCCAACUGAAAGCAAAGCCGAUGCACAAUCAGUUGCAUUGCGGCCGGCACUUGCCAAUAAAAACGUUACGAUGCUUACCCAUGCCUAUGUUGAAAAGCUGGAGACCAGUGCCGACGGCAGAACGAUUGAGAAAGUAACAGCACUGGUGAAAGGCGAACGGAUGUCAUUUACUUCAAAUCUGGUUAUUGUCGCCUGCGGUGCGGUGAACAGCGCUGCAUUGAUGUUGCGGAGCGCCAACAAAAUGCACCCUCAUGGUCUGGCCAAUUCCAGCGGCCAGGUAGGGCGGAAUUUAAUGCUGCACCACAACGGGUGCCUUGUUGCAUUUACAAAGAAAAAAAAUGAUUGUGUCUUCCAGAAAAGUCUGGGCCUGGCUGAUUUUUAUUUUGGCGCUCCUGACAGCCCGUACCCGUUGGGAGAAAUACAGUUGAUGGGAAGAAAUGACGCUGACACCAUUGUUUGGCUGGCAGAGAAAAUUGCCCCCGGAAAAACAUAUGAGGAGUUGAAAAAAAUGACUAUUGACUUCUGGUUGACAGCAGAAGAUUUACCCGCAACAGACAACCGGGUUACAUUACGCGAAGACGGGAGCAUCAAAGUAAAUUAUACCAGGACGAAUUACACUGCCUACGAAAAAUUAAAAGAAAAACUAAAGCAGAUUUUUACACAGUUGGGUGAACUGGAUCCAGAUUACAGGGAUGUUCAAUGGGCUGGCUACGAUUUGGACAUAAGCGGCAUGAGCCAUCAGAAUGGUACCCUCAGAUUUGGUACAGACCCCAAAACCUCGGUGCUUGACAUUAAUUGCAAGGCACACGAUAUCGACAAUUUAUACGUAACGGAUGCAAGUUUCUUUCCAAGUUGCGGCGCUUUCAACCCCGCACUUACCAUUGCUGCCAAUGCGUUAAGGGUCAGUGAACAUAUAAUUAAACAUAUUUUAUCACCGAAACCGCUGCAGCAGAAUUUAUCCCCUGUUACCAGUUAA